AUGUGCAAAGAGAGGAGAGAAGAAGCAACAUCGAAUGAUUUAAAAUAUGGAGACUUCAUGGAGACAAUGAUAAAUGAAGUGGAGAAAGAGGACGAUACGGUGAACGAGGAAAGAUCUGUAGAGCUAAUAUUAAGUUUACUGAUUGCGUCUUAUGAAACUACUUCUACUAUGACUGCAAUUACUGUGAAAUUCAUAGCUGAAAACCCCAAAGUGCUUAUGGAGUUGAAGCUUAACUACGUUGAACAGAGAGAGCAUCAGACCAUCCUCCAAAACAGAGUUGAUAAAGAGUCUGGAGUUACUUGGAAAGAAUACAAAUCCAUGAUGAGCUUUACCCACAUGGUUAUCAAUGAGUCUCUUCGUUUAGGAAGUUUGUCACCUGCUAUGUUCAGAAAGGCUGUGAGUAAUGUGGUGAUCAAAGGGUAUAAAAUACCAGCAGGAUGGAUUGUACUGGUUAUUCCAUCUCUUCUUCAUUAUGACCCUCAAAUCUAUGAACAACCAUGCGAGUUUAAUCCAUGGAGAUGGCAGGGGAAAGAAUUGCUUUCUGGCCCUAAAACGUUCAUGGCCUUUGGAGGUGGUGCAAGACUCUGUGCAGGAGCAGAGUUUGCUAGGCUUCAGAUGGCUAUAUAUCUUCACCACCUAGUCACAACGUCUGACUUCUCUUUGAUCGAGAAAUCUGAUAUCAUUCGAGCACCCUUACUUCGAUUUUCCAACCCGAUACGCAUAAGUAUCUCCAAAAAUCUCUAA